AUGUCGUGUAGGGUUAGGAAUGGUCAUGGCGAGGAUGGGAAGAUGGCUAAGGAUAAGGUGGUCUCUGAUACCGAGCUGGCGUGUAGUGAUUUCGCUCGUCAUCCAAGACAACACGAUUUGAGUAAUCAUGGCCAUACUCAACAGCCCAGCAGAUGCGAUGAAGCUACCGUCGACAUCGGAGGAGGCAAAGAAAGUACCAUGAAGCUUCCAUUGUCUUUCUUCUUCCCAAGACCACUAAUAGUCAUUUGGACAGUGAAUUCUGGCUGGCAUCGGAGAUGGCGAUGGGGUGUAGGGGUGUUGCAUUGGAUGCUAGGUACUUUCGGAGGUGGGGUGAUGGAAGGGACGGGAAGAGAUUAG